ACCGCGCAGGGUGCCAGUCACCGGCCUGACUGGGAUCUGCUACCGAGAGCAGGAGUGCCGCCAACGGAACGGCCUCACGAUGGAUGUAUGUGCCGGAGGGUUCGGAGUGUGUUGCGUUUUUCAAUUUGGAUGCGAUGGCCGAACGGAACAAAAUAUAAGCUACUUCUACGCUUCCCUCACGUCGCUGGCUAACCUCAACACGGUGGCGCGUUGCAGCGGUACGGUUAAGCUACAUCGCCACGUCCGGCAAGUGCUGUUGGAAUUUGUCCUGUUCGAACUGCUGCCCCCCCAGCAGGGUAACUGCCGUGAGGACCGGUUCUUUAUUUCCGUGCAAAACAGUAACCGGGUGUAUCCCGUGCUGUGCGGCAUCAACACCGGUCAACACAUGUACCUCGAUAUAGAUGCCGCCUAUUCGCAGCAACUGUCUCUAAUGGCAAUUUCUAAUACCAAACAGGCCUCCGGCACUCUAUUAGUAAAGAUCACGCAGUUUGCUCAUCCGAAGUCUCCCGCAGACUGCCUGCAAUUCCACGAUGGUCUACAAGGGGUUGUAAAAUCGUUCAACUACGACGAUUACUCUACAAUUGAAUCACACACGGCGUAA